AAGCGUGUCUGGUAUGCGUGUGUUUGUGUUCGAGCAUGACCUGAAGGGCCUUUGCUUUUCUUUCCCAUAAUACGUCAUUUCGGGACUGGUUCGCACAUAUCGUGUACAGUGCGCCUGGUUAUUUUUUGUGGAUUCUAUUUUUUAAGCUUAUAUUUUUCUACCAUUUUACUAACACAAUGAGUUACAAACACAAGGGAAAGGAUCGGGAUCACGAGAGCAGCAAAUCGCGCAACAAUGUCGCAGGGUUAAGCAAAGGACGCGACAAAGAGCGUGAGCGGAAAAGUGAAACGGAAGGCAAGGAGCGUUACUCGGAAAAAGGCAGCUAUAGUACGAAGGAACGGCAUCGUAGCCGGAGCCGGGAGCGUAGCAGCGAACGGCGGGAGGGUCGACGCAGCAGCAAGGAUCGGCACGGUUCCGGCAAACAUAGCCGGACGCGUGACGACAGCCGGGAGCGUGACCAUCGCAGACGGGAGCAUCGUGAACGACGCAGCCGUAGCCGCAGCCGCGACCGGAAGCAUCGCAGCAGCGGCGGAGGUAGUUCCAGCAAUGGUGUGGGUGGAAGCAGCGGAAGCCGGGAUGAUCGGGACCACAGGCAUCGGUCACGCGAACACAUGGACGACACGCGCCGUGCGGCCGACGGCAGCGGGCGCAUGGACAGCCCGGAAAACUAUGAGUACAAGAGCAUGGAGUUUACGCAGAACGUUUUAUCGACGAUGCUGCUCACGGCAGCGACCGCGAGUGAUUUUGCUAAAUUACUAAACAGUUAUAACCAACAGCAGCAGAUACAGGCCCAGCAGCAGCAAAUCCAAACGCAGCAGGCACUGUUCGAGCAGCACAACGAAAACAGCUGCUCCUCGAUCGGAUCGAAGGGUGAAAACGGAACCGGACCGCAGGCGAUAUGCAAUGGCAACAGUAGCGGUGGCGAGGGCGGUGAAUCAUCGCGCCGACGCAAGAAAAAGUCACGCUGGGCCGGUAGUGAUCACGACAAAACGUUCAUUCCCGGCAUGCCCACGGUAUUGCCAUCGACGCUCACACCCGACCAGCAGGAAGCAUAUUUAGUGCAACUCCAAAUCGAGGAAAUAAGCCGCAAGCUUCGUACCGGUGAUCUCAUGAUACCGCAAAAUCCGGAAGAAAGGUCUCCGUCGCCAGAACCGAUUUACAGUAGCGAUGGUAAGCGUUUGAACACGCGCGAGUUCCGCACGCGCAAGAAGCUGGAGGAACAGCGCCAUCAGCUGAUCCAGCGGAUGCAGUCACUGAAUCCCGACUUUAAGCCUCCCUCUGACUACAAGCCGCCAGUGAUUCGCGUUAGCGACAAGGUGCUCAUCCCGCAGGAAGAGUAUCCGGACAUAAACUUCGUCGGGCUGCUGAUCGGCCCGCGCGGCAACACGCUGAAAGCGAUGGAGAAGGAUACCGGCGCGAAGAUUAUAAUCCGUGGCAAGGGUUCGGUGAAGGAGGGUAAGGUCGGGCGUAAGGAUGGGCAACCGUUGCCGGGUGAGGAUGAACCGCUGCACGCGUUCAUCACCGCCAGCAACCCGGAAGCGGUGAAAAAGGCAGUCGAUCGCAUCAAGGACGUUAUCCGGCAGGGUAUCGAGGUGCCGGAGGGUCAUAACGAUCUGCGCCGGAUGCAGCUGCGCGAGCUGGCCCAGCUGAACGGUACGCUGCGCGAAACGGAUGGGCCACGUUGUAACAAUUGUGGAUCGAACGAGCACAAGAGCUGGCUCUGUCCGGAUAAACCGAACAUUACGAACAACAUUGUCUGCUCAGCGUGCGGCGGCACUGGGCAUAUUGCGCGCGAUUGCCGUAGCAAGCGGCCCGGGCAUGGGGGACCACCGUCGGCUGGUGGUGGAGGCAGUGCGGCGACGAAGAUCGAUGAGGAGUAUAUGAGCCUGAUGGCGGAGCUUGGAGAAGCGCCACCGCCGCAGGAAAACAAUCACGGCCAUGGGCAUGGUGGUGAGCGCGGUUCGGGCAAUGGUGGUGGUUCGCGCGGUUAUUACAAUCUGUUCGAACCACGAUCCGCACCACGUCCUCUGAUGGCCACACCGCACCAUCCGCCCUCGCUCAUGGGUAACUCGCUGCAAUCGUCAAACGCUGGCGCUGGCAACAGUUCACAUACCGGUAGCGGUAGUGGUGGUGGUGGUGGUGGUGGUGGUGGUGGUAGUGGUAGUGGCGGUGAUGGAGGUGGUGGUAGUGGUGCAGCGGGUGGUAGCAAUGGUAGUGGCAGCGGUAACGGCCACAUGUGGCCACCACUGCUACCCAUGCCACCCAUUCCACCAUCGUUGCCGACUCCCCCGCCGCCUCCACCAUCCGUUCCGUCCUUGAUGCAGUGGACACCGCCACAGCCACCGUUGCCACCGGCCGGCGACUCGAUGGUUCCGGCACCGAGCCACCAUUCAUAUAGUGGCGGGGUCGGUUCGCUCGGCUCGAUGGGCAUGGGCGGAUGGGGCAAGAGUUGGGGUGGCAUGCCGAAGGGAUUGGUACCGACGCCACCCGGACCGGCACCACCACCACCCCCAUCCAUAUCGGGCAUGCCAUCACACAUUUUGGCACCGCCACCGCCACCACCGCCCUCGUAAUAGCAAACCAUCAUACUAAUCGACUUUUCCUCCAGCGAAACCCGCGUAUCCUCCCCAGGGAGUCAUCCAAAUGCAAUCACGAUCUAUAUACAGUGAUGGACGUGCUUUGUGACUAAACUUUUUCUAUUCAUAUUUGAUGAUAACGUUCGUUUUGUGAAACGGAACCCUUUUUUCCCGUCGCAGGGAAGGUGUAAAAUUAUUAACAAUUCUUAUAACUUUUUUUUCAAAUCUCCCACAUCAUGCACACUGUUGCAUAAAUUGUAUUGAAAUUGUGCGUAAUUCAUAUAGAACACAGAAAAAAAAACGAAAAACCAAAUUAGGUCAGCACCAAGCAAAUGCAAAAGCAUUACCACUUUUACAACAAGUACAGUAACAUCUAUUUUAUAUUCUCCUUUUUCCUUUAACGAUUAAACCAAUAAUGUUCCAUAGUUUGUCCAUAGGCAAGCAGGCGGGUCACGUCCGUUUUGUGUGGUUUACUUUGGCGUGGGAAAUAUUUCAUUGAACUAUUGUCUUAAUCGUACUUGGGGAAACAAUUUAUAAUAAAAUAUCUUAGAACGAGUUAGCCGAGCGUACAACACAAAAAUGGACCGGAGUAGGCUGCGCAAGCCGUGUGUGUGCCAUCACAGAAAACGACCACACCUGCUCCUCGACGAUUCGAGGUUCAAGACAUCGAGGAACUCCGUACGCUACUACACACACACACUCACCAUAAGGAUUCUUUUCCAGUCUUACUCUCCUAGCGUGUAUAGCAUAUGUGUGUAGGUGCGUGAUUUAUGUUUACUCGUUUUACUUGCUUAAGUGUAUCUCUAUCACCCAUGUAUGGUGCCGGCGUGGACCCGUUCCGAGUGUGUAUGUGUGUCCAGCAGUGAAGUAACACUUGUAAUUCUUAGUCCCAUGUAGGACGGUGUGUGUGUGUGUGUGUGAGAUGGUGACUCUUAUGAUUAUACACACGCACAUACAUCAAGACAGCUAAAAUGUAAUCGUUUCUUCAAUCCUUUAUUGCUAACGUUAAAUAAUUUUUGUUUUCUUUCCCCACCCUCUCUCUCUCUCACUCUUUCUCUUUGUAUCUAUAUGUGCAGUGUGUAUACAUGAUUAGUAGCAGCGCUUAACGUUUAAUUUUUUGCUUUCGUGUUUUUCUCUAACGAAUCAUUAUGCGCAGGUUUUAAAAAAAGUGCCCGAGAGUGUGAGGGGAGGAGUAAGAAGGGGGCAAGUAAUUGUAUGGGGAGUUUGGGGCGGCGGUGAAACGUGAGAAUAUUCAUCUGCUUCCUUGAGGCGUGCAUGCAACACAUUAAUGUAACACUAAACUGAAAUACUUUUCCCCCAGGAUAAUUAUAUUAAUAAUAAUAAAUCAACAUUUUAGGGCAGCCAAUUUUGCCAGAUACAGUGUG